AUGGGCUUCCUCUGCGCACCCCUGUCCACCACCCGCGGGUUCAUCUACACCCUCAACAAUAGAAUCGACGGUCAGUCUAUCAGGAGGGAAGGAGCCAUCCAGUUAGGACAGCCCUGUUCCGGGAUCCCGCUCCCACCGUCUACCGACCCAUCACGGAAACGAGGACUUGGUCUUGGGCGGCGUUGGUUGGACAAGGACGAAGGGAACCAGGAGGAACAACAACAACAGCAGCAUCCAGAGCUUCAGAACAACAACAACUACAACUACAACAACAACCUGAAGAAGCGGAGGUCCGAGCCAGUGUGUUUGCCACCCUCACAUCAAACUCCGGGCGGUGGAGGGUUGGGAGGGUCGAACGGCGAUUCAAAGGAGUCGCCCGUAUUUCCGCAUUGGGCCUAUGUACUGAUCGCUGCAUUGAUUGUGGUCGGAGCCGGACUGGUGUUUGUCUUGACCAGGCGACAAAGGCGCCGGAGGGAUGGUUCCAAGCAGCUCCAAUACCAGCAGCAGCAGCACAAAGGACGGCGAUCUCGGCAGCAGUGUGAGGACGAGCACGGCAACCCACCGAUGAAGACAAGGGAGAGGGAGCGGACUAUGAGUAGUGACAGAACCGCUACCACCAGUAACGGUAACGCCACUACCACCGCCGCCGCUCAGAAGACGUCGUCGUCGGUUCUUGGACGGUGGUUCAAGAGCAACAAUAGCAAUAUCAAUAUUGACACUGACAGGAUUGACCUCGACAAGAAGGAAGGGAGAAAGAUAACCGCCGCUGCUGCCGUUAACGAUAACAAUUACAACACAGGUGCAUCAGGAUCCGAAUCUGUUACCGACAAUGGAUCAGUUUAUUCUUCCAACUCCACUUUUACGGUGGAGGAACCACCGAUGGCUGCUGCUGGAGUUGUUGGUGUUCCUUCUGUUUCGCUCAAAGUCUCGCAAGAUGGUAUCGAUGGCACCAGUGUUUUGGGUCUCUACCACAUUGACAUCCACGGCAGUGGGUCUCGGGGUUCAUUAGCACAUGACAACAACAGCAACAACAGCAUUCAUUCGAGUGACGCUGGUCCUCCUCCUACUGCUAUCAACAGCGGUAGAGAUGAGAUGAAGAGCCCAUCGUCCUCGAUCCAUUCCGGUCCACCUCGACCUGCUGUCAUCCUUCCAAGGAUCAUCACAACCUCCUUUCCCGAGACCAGCGUCGUCGCACCAACUCCCACAGCAACCGCAGAAACCGGCUCGCAAUCCAACUACUCCCCUUGGGCAUCCACACCCACGAAUAUGAUGCCUUCUCCAUCUUCGUUGACUUCGGCCAGUGGAGCGACUCCGACGCCGACAUCCUUGGCCCCUGCACCUCCAUCCGACUUCUCGGUCCCGUCAUCCCCAUCCUCUGCUUCUCAUUCUUCGACAUCCUCUCCAUCCUCUCCUUCUGCCUUCGCGGCCGGCGUUGUAGGUGUUUCAGGUGCCGGUAGUCAGUCGCCUGCUGGAAGCGGACAUCAUCGACACUCUGCACGUCUCACAGGAGGAGGACGAUCCAACAGCCACCACCAACACCAUCAAUUUGGUCGCUUCCAAGAAGGUGAAAAUCUCCUGCAUACCCAACAGCAACAACAGCAACAGCACUUGUCGACGGGCGGUAGCAGCAGUAACAAGAGUCGGAAGAGUAAACACUCAUCGACGUCGACAUCGACGUCUACGGGAACAUCUUUGAUCCCACCACCGUCACCGAUUUCGCCAAUUUCGCCGAUAUCUCCAAUCUCGCCUGCUUCUGCCAAUGGCGGCACGGUUGGCACGUCUCGCCUGUCCAGUCGAUGGUAA